ACAGAAGCAAAAAUUGCAUGGUCGUCAUCAGAUUUAGGCAGCAAUCAGGGAAGAACAGCAGUAUGAAACAUCAUAAAGAUGACUCCAGGAGCAACAAGGUAUUCAGCUGCCCAUGCCCAGGACAUUUUGUCCCCCUUUCUCCUGUUCAUCACACCUGGCAUUGAAGAAGCAGUCCUGGAGAACACAAAUUUGGAGGGCUUCCAAAAAUAAAGAGGGGGCAUGUCAGAUGAAGCCCCGCUUCGAUGCUUGUGUCGUCUUGCUGAAAACCACGUGACUGGCAACAAACGACGGCUUGGAUUGCAUGGGUCAUGUGACUGCUUCAUUUUGCCUGUCGGUUUUUAAAAUAAAAGCGUGAUGAGCCGCUGUUUCAUGGCAUAAGUUAUUGUAUUUGGUCGCGCAUCAGAGGAGUAUUUGUCUUCAGCAGUGGACGAAAUAAAAGGAACCUUUUAUAGUUCUUGUAUAUUAACGAUUUUGAUGAUGGCACUCAUGUUUGUUAUUGUUAUUGGUUAUUGGUUAUUGGUUUUCUCAAUUGAUUAUGGUAUAUUUCAUGACUUUAUAUUUGUGUCCUUUUUAUUAUGUAAAGCACAUUGAAACUACAUUGUUGCUGAAAUGUGCUACACAAAUAAACUUGAUUGAAAAGGAGCCAGCAAGAAGAAAAAAAAAUCCAAAAACCAUAAAAAAAUGUAAUGCAAAAGUUAAAACCAAUACUUUAAGAAAUACUAAAAAAAACAAAAAAACAUGGAAUAUAAAAUCAAUGUCAAACAAAAUUUCCAGCUUAGUAAAAAACGCCCCCCCGUAAGUAGUUACAAAGACAAUUUAUACUGAAUCAUAUAUAUUUUUGAGCAAUUUAAAACCAGUGUCACAACAAAAAUAAAACAAGAGAAAGAAAAAGGAGAAAAAAUGUUCUUAACAAUGAAAUACCCUAGUCCCACUAAAAAUAUAAAAAACACAACAUAUUUCCAGAUCAAAUAAAAUGUAAAAUCAAAAUAUAAAGUACAUAUUUAGAACAUGCAGAAAGGAUAGGCAUUUGUUUUUGUGAAACAGACAUUUCUGUAAUCUGCAAAGCAGAAUAGGAAAGCUAAGCUAGGAAACUAGCCCGAAAGCAUCAAUGAUUAACACUACUUAAACACUACUUAAAAGACUAUAUAUAUAUAACACAUUAACCUCCUUAUUGCUGGGGGACAAAAAAAUCCAAGUCAUCAGAAUCAUCACUCAGGUAGGUAGGGUUGUGAUCAGAAAUUCUGUGUGUAAGGACAGUGUAGGCUACUUCAAGAGAUGAACAUUAAUGAAAUUUUCUACUGCCCGUAGGGGAAUCCCACAAGAAGACAAGGUCAUUAGUAACUCCAGUACAACACUGGAUUAAGAUGCUUUAUGAUCUCAACUCUGUAAAACCAUCUGAGGGCUAAUGGAUCACAGAAAUGUUGGAAAGUAUUUUUUUUGUUUUUUUUUCAAUUUAAAAGUCAGUUAUGAUUUUACCUUUCUGAUUUUCCAGACGUCCUACCGUGUGUGUAUGUUUACGUCUAAAAAUAUUCUCCAUAGAAAUGUUCAAUACACUCCAGCCUCAUGAAACGAGUAUGGCUGGAGUCACAAACACCCAGUGGCCCAGGAGCAUGUCGUCCAGGAGUGUCCCAAUAGAGACAUUAAGGUCUUCCUCAGUCUGUCCCUGGGCCAUGUUUCUCUCAUCCUCUGAAAACAAUGAAUCCCUUCAUAAUCUCUAAUUCUGCCUCCCUCUCUGUUGCUGAAUCUGCUCCAGUGGUUGAAGUUUGUGUGGUAAACAUAUCAGUCUAGUUGAUAUAUUUUUUGUGUCUUCUUUGGCACUCUUUAGUGUUUGCUCUCAUAGUUUUUCACAGUUUUUCUGGACCCGCUCCACCAUGUUAUCCCCUCCGAUCUGCUGAAAUGACUAAAUUUAUGUCAUGGAUGGAGAAUGGAGGGAUGGGUCAAGGAGCACUGAGAGAUUUCAUUGGAUUAGCCCAAUGUCCUUCAAGAAAAUCAACCAGUGUUGAAGGUCGACACUUACACAUGCUCUUCUGUCCAUUCAUAUCUACACAUAUUUUUGAAUAUUAAAGGUGCCUUUCAACAGACAUCACAUCAUGUGGAGGUAUUUGAUAUAAAUCAUCCUUUAAGCACCAUGAUGCUAACAUUAAAAUUAAACAGUGACUUCCUCUUUGUUGUUGUCAGACUCCACUCAUCAGUAACGACGUUUUAUUUCGAAAUUAUAGUCGUGAAAUUUGGCUAAAUUAGUUUUUAUAUUCUUCAAAUUAAUUUUUCUUUAUAUAAAGUCAUUUUCUCCUGACAUUUAUUGCUGUCUUCUGUUAUAUUCUAUUGACAGCUAGUAGUUACCAUAGCAACCAGUAACAGUAGGCCAGUUCCCUUUUACCAUCUUUAACUCUGGUAUGUAUUAAGAUCAGCUCUGUGCUUUCUUUACUAUGUUUUAACAUGUAUGUUAGACAAAUUUAAUCAUAUACAGUGUUUGAUGUUUUGUCAUGGUUUGUAUAUAUUUUAGCUGUUUUCAUAAAUAAUAUUGCACAUUUUAGCUAUCUUUACAUUUACAACUGUUAACUGUUAUCUGUACAUUAGGAGCAAUUUGGGUUAUUUAUUGUACUUGUAUUUAAUGUCUAGGGGCUGGACUGAUGUUAACCACUAACUUUUACUCUUUAUAUGAUAAACACAGCCAGCUUGAAUAUGUGUUGUGAAGUCAACCUAAUGGACCUACGACGAACAGAGAAAGGUUGCAUAUCCAUCAGAUUUACUUUGAAACACAGAAGGUGGUGGUCUGACCUGCUGUUGAUCAAUUAAAAUACAUUCAGUUUAUUUUAAUCUAAACUGGUUCUGAUUCAUCUGCAGCUCCUUUGGUUGUUCCAGUCAGAGAGAUGAAGAAGCUCUGUCACCCGUCUAACAACAUCCUGAUAGUCAGUAAUUUACUGCUUGUCUUCUUUCUUCCAGGUGCUUUGGCUCAUUGUGGUACUGCUCUAUUAGAGUUCCACGUCAUUACACCCCCUGAGGUGGAAGCUCUGAUUGGAUCUUGUGUGGAAAUCCCAUGUACAGUUGAUACUUUGCCAUCAUUUGACAGCAGCAAACCCACUUUCGGUAUCUGGAUGAUAUUUCGUGACGGAGCAAGGGAAUUUAUUUUUAACAGCAGUGGGUCAAUUAACACCUAUCAAAUGGAAUUGACUGGAGAUGUGACAGCGAAAAACUGCAGCACUCGGAUUUCUGAUUUAACAGCAGAUCAUCCAGACAAGUACUACUUCAGAAUUGAGAACCCAGGGAUGAGUGCCACAUAUUGUGAUGAUUUUAUUCUGGUAACAGUUAAAGAUUCUUCUUGGAGUCCCAGCAUUAAUGUUCCCUCUGACUUGAGGGAGCAUCAGUCUGUCACUGUAACCUGCUCAGCUUAUACACCCUGUUUACUCUCACCUCCUGAACUCACCUGGAAUCUCAAAAAAGACUCUCGCAGACAAAUAGAGAAGAAAGCUGAUGGAACCUUUACAAGUAAACUCCAGGAGAACAUCACUCUGUCAGCCGAGCACGAUGGCUACAACAUCAACUGCACUGCUAGAUAUCCCGUGAAAGGAACUUUCAAACAGGCACCAGAGACCGUAGAGACUCUCAGUGUUUCAUAUGGUCCGAAAUUUGCUAAAGCAUCCAUCACUGGAUCAGGUUUGGUGUCAGCAGGUAGCAGGGUGGAGCUGAGCUGCUCCAGCAGAGCCAAACCUCCACCCAGCUUCUCCUGGUUCAGGAACAACAAACAAGGAGUCACUAAAGUGUCUUCAGAGCAGGCUUACAGCUUCAGUGCUUCUCCUACUGAAGCAGGAGACUAUUACUGUGAGGCCACAAAUACGCUUAAAAAUGAGAGAUCAACAAACAUCUGUAUUGACAUCAUUGAUGCUCCUUUUACUCCCAGCAUUAGUAUCCCUGUUGGUAAUCUGAAGGAGCGUCAGUCUGUCACCAUAACCUGCUCAGUUUCAACUCCCUGUCCACUAUCACAACCUGAACUCACCUGGAAUCUCCAACAAGACUCUCUCAGACAAACAGAGAAAAACACAGAGGGAACCUUUACAACUAAAAUCCAGGAGAGCAUCACUCUGUCAGACACACAUGAUGGAUACAACAUCAGAUGUUCUGCCAGACAUCCUGCAGAAGAAAAAGGCAACGCAGCAGAGACAGAAGUGACUCUCAGUGUUUCAUAUGCUCCUAAAAACACCUCAGCGUCCAUCAAUCCAUCAUCAAGUACUUUUGUGGAGCUGAGCUGCUCCAGCAGAGCCAAACCUCCACCCAAAAUCACCUGGUUCAAGAAAGGCCCCCAAAAAUUCACUAAAGUAGCUACAGGGAUUUCUCACAAGGUUGAACUCACUGAGGACAAUGUGUACUACUGUGAGGCUGCAAAUAAGCUGGGUAAACAGAAAUCAUCACCGAUCAGUCUCGGAAUAAGAGGAAACCCGAGCAUGUUUGUUGAAGGUUCAACGGGAGUCUGGAUUUUUGCAUUGACAGCGGUCUUGGGAAUGGCAGCUCUUGGCACUACAGGGCUCCUCCUUGACAAAUGGCUCAAACCCUGUCAAUCAAGUCAGGCUUAGUAGUUGUGCUCGUGUGUAACACUAAAAAUAAAAUGUUACAACCCUC